AGUGCGCAUGCGCGUCCCCUUCAGUUCCCCGUCUUCAGGCUGGACGCAGUCGGCCGAAUGACCGCGGGCUGCGGAUUAAACCGGUUAAACUGGUCGCUUCACUGAUGGUCAUCCAGAUCGCGAAAGGCUGUCGCGUCGCCUGAGCGCGUCCACGGCGCGAGUCCUCUGAUCGUCGGUCGGUUUUAGCGCGGGAGGACGAUGUUCAGCUCUCAGACCUCCUCCUUCCAGGAGUCCAUAGAUGUGGAGGAGAAGGACGCGGACUUCGACAGCGAGGAGCUGGGCGCCUACAGCCCGAGGGUCCAGCACAUCAGCUCCUACUACUCCAUAUACUACUACCAGAACACCAGAUCCGAGUCUUCCGAGGAAAACGUGGCCUGGAGCCAAAGACGGGCCGACUCCACGACCAGUCAGGAUGACUUUAGCCUGACCCUGCUGGACUCCAGCCUGCCCGCCGAGGCGGAGCCCGAGCUGCGAAGCUACAUCUCCCGCAGACUGAGUAAAGGAGCCCUGCUGGGGGGAAUGGGCAACAUCGCCACGGUGGAGCUCAGUGUUCCUGAGCAGGCGGUGGGCUGCUACUGUUGUCUGCUGGAGCAGGAGAGGUCUCCAGAACAGCCCGAGGCGGACGGCAACGGCUGGGUGGUCUGUCUCCUCGGGGGCUCAGAGAAGGGCCUGAACUUGUUCAGGAUUGAGCUGGAUAAAUACGUCCAAGGCCUGCAGAGCAGCCUGACUCCAGAAAUGCAGAACCUUGAGUCAGAGGUCCGGCCGUACCUGAGCCGCUGGUACGAGGAGUCGGUCAUGCACAUCCACAGAGUGGUGCAGCUGGUCCAGACUAACAUCAGCUAUCUCCUCUACGCCGCUUUGAGUCACACUCAUGUAGAGGUCACCGGAGCAGAUGAGAGGACCAAGACCGACGUGACAAGGUUCAUUAAAGCAGCGAGUCUGCAGGGUCUGGUGCAGGAGGAGCCUUCCACAGCCUCUCUGUGCAAAACUGUCUCUGAAGACUCGCCCACUGACCUGCUGAUCGACUGCGCCAGCAGCCCUCCGGCUUUCACCAACGCAGUGAGUAACCGCUUCUGUGAUGACUGGAUUCAGGCCUUCAUCAAUGCAGCCGAGCGCUUUAACCCGUUCCUUCUGCGCCAGAUCCUGGAGAACUUCAAACUCAAGGCCAUCCAGGACAUGAACAACCUGAAGCGGUUUAUCCGGCAGGCUGAGAUGAGCCACUACGCGCUGUUCCGCUGCUGCCUCUUCCUGCAGAGCUGUGGGAACGGAGACGUGUUGCUGCAGAACGCUCGGGCCGAGCACAGCGGCCUGCCCGAGGCCUGCAGCAUCAUCCGCGUCCUGGAGGAGUUCCUCGCCGAACAGGCUGUGGAUACGGUGCAGUAACAUCUCGCAGCCUGCAGGGGGCUGCAGAGGGCUACUACCAGGGUGCACAGCCCAUUACACUGAGUUGCUAGUUUAUUAGGUACACCUGAUAUCUUAUAGUGGUCACUUUGCAGUGAUGGACAGGAUGAAGGGAGCUUCUACAUUAUUCAGCCCUAUAUGUGCUACGGUCAGCAACUUUACCUAGUAACUGAGCUUAUAUGAGGGCUGGGCAGUAUGACGAUACAUGUCGUUAUCGUGAUAAAUUAUGUCACAUUACAAUAUGCUUUUCUGAAAAUAUCCUGAGCGCUGACCAACUCUAUCAAAAUUAGGUCUGUUUAACAGAUUUGAAUCUUUUGAAUAAUGUAUUAAAUUUAUUGAAUUUAUUUAGAAUAUUUUUAAAUAAUCAUUUUGAAUAAAAAUCACUAAUUUUUUUAUAUGUUGCACUACUACAUAUUUACUACAUACUUUUUUUUUCUUUCUUCCAACUGAUUGGACGUCUGAAAAAAUGAUAUAAUAAUAUAGUCAUUUCUUGCCGUGAUAGGAUUUUGCCAUAUUGCCCAGCUCUAAUAAGUCCGAUGAGUGCAUGUAGUAAUAAACUGGCAACUCUGCGUAUUUACGAGGGGCAUUUUGUAGAAGGAACGUUGAGCAUCCACACGUUCCUCGUUUACACCUGGCUGUUUCAUGUGGCUUCAUGUAUCUGGAUGAGCUUUUAACCACAUGCGUCUCCUCAUCAGUCAUAAUAUGCAAAUCAGGACAUAUGACAACCAAUCAACUGUGGUCUUUCCUGUACUAUUUGAAAGACUGUUGGCAUCUCAGAGAAAAGUUAUGCACGGCACGUUUUCCUACGCCAGCUUUACACGCAUGUUUACGGGACGAUGGCUGAUUUAGAAUAAGUAGCCUCUCUAACUGAAGGAGCAGUGACGUCUCCGGUUAGUGGGGCCAGUCCAGUGGGCGGGGCCUUACCUUUAUGCAGAAUAGGGGAGGAGUCACAGGGCUAGGAGAGGCAGAAGUAUUGACACUCGUGUAACAUCAGGUGGUGUUUUGAUGCGUUAAUCUGUUUUAAACGGGUGCAGUCACGCCUGAAUUUCUGGUUUCUGAGUGGUUAUGGAGAAGCAGAUAGUAGAGCUGCAGGAUGACGUUACAGAUACAGUUAAAUAGCAGCCGGUUACAGUUUUGUACGUCGCUGUUAUAGACAGUAAUGCCAAAGCUAGAAAGCACCAGUCCUGGAAUCGGUUAACACUUCUUUGCUGUACGAUGUUCGUUUGUUGACUUAUUCUAGAACCGUUAUUAACAAUUCUUCCUUUUUAUUUUUACCGCAGACAAACGAAAGAUGGAACCUGAACAGCUCAGAUUUGAUGUGUUGCAUCACCUGCGACCCAAACAUGCAAAACCGUGAAGUAUACCCUCCUAAAAAAGAUGAUUCUUCAAGGGUUCUUUAGUAAAGACAUUGGUUCCGUAUAGAACCAUGAACACUCAAAGAACCCUUUGCUUAAUCAACGUGCUCUUUCAUCAUGAAAGCGUUCUUCAGGCCGAGGGAGAAUGUAAAUGGUUCUGUAUAGAACCUUUUUGAAAAAAGCACCAAAAGGGGUUAGAAGCUUUGUAACAAUAGAAGAACCCUUCUGGGUGCUUCAAAAAGGUUCUAUAAAGAACCGUCUACAGCGCAUACUGCUUCAAACAGUGAAGAACCAUUUCCUGAUGCAAAGAGCCCUUUAUUCAGGUGAAAGAACCCUUUUUGGGCCGGUAUAGAGCCUUUUUUGCAGCAGUGUGUAUUGGGACGUCGAGUUAGGUCAGCCAGUGAGACGCAGCUCUAGGUUUGUGCUUUUUGCUGUAUGUAAGCUGAUCUUGGUCCCGUCCACUCCCCUGGUCCAAAUGCGCACCUUCUGCAAGCUCUAACCGGACAAAGACGCGGGAAACAUCCAGGUGUAAACAGGAUCUCAGACUUGCUCGUCUUCUAAUCUUAGUCUAGUCAGAUGCUAAGACUAAAAAGCUAAACUAGUCUAAAACUGGUAGAACUGAAUCCCACUUUCUCUAAUCGCAGCAUGAGGUGGUCACUCAUUGAAAAUCGUUGCGGUAGGGUUGUUGAUUUUGUGAAGACCGAGCGGAUCUCGUGAAAACAGAUGAACUGGAACUGACCAGCUGCCCAAGCUUCAUCUGUACCUCAUCGUUCUCGGCAAUAUGGAACACAGCCCAGUAAUAAGACAAGGAGAUUAUUGGAUCACAGCCUUUAGUCUAGCUGUUAAUGUUAAAAGGCAGUCCGUCUUCAAAAACCAUGGUUGUGCCACUUAUGCAUGAGCUGUUAAUGACAUUCCUUAGUGUUGCACUUUUCAGGUGCAGUUUUGAUUUAUUAGAGACUGCUGUGCAGAAGUCAGAGACCACCCUUCAUUAUUUAAACUGCUAUAAUGUAGAAGUUCCUCAUAGAAAUUUCAGAAAGCGAAAUUAAGUGAAGUUUUCAAAAACUGACUAAAAGCUCCAGAGAACAUGGGGCUCCUAACAACCACCUGGAAGACCUGGUCGACCCCAAAACUGCCCCCAUCAGAUAAACAGCGCUGAAAGCUUUGAUCUCUGAGAGAGAGGAGAAGAUCAAGCU